AUGAAGAUAAUUAUGUGACCACGCUGACAACCUUGUUUGUUUACUGCUCAGAUGAAGGACUCUCAUGUGGCGCUGUCCAGCAGCCCGACUAAGAAGCUGACGACAACCUUCUGUAACCCGAGCGUGUUCCGAUGCAUCGACUACUUCGUACUGCUGCCAAAGUCACCAAAGGUGACGCUCGCCCGACGAUCGUCGUUUGCCGCGUCGCUAUGGCAACGCCUCAAGCGUCACGCGGCCGACGUCGUCGCCGACGGCAGCGAUAGCCGACGCCUCGACGCCGCCGUGUAUCGCGCCGAGCUGCUCUAUCCGGACUACGUCGGCCGGCUCGUGCAGAAGACACCUAGCGGCGGCGGCGUGAAACGCUGGUGCGUGCUCAGCGACAUUCUCUUCUGUGUCUUCGUCUCCGAGCGCGCCGAACGCGCCACUGACGUCAUACUGUUGCCAGGCAACACCGUCAAGUCCCUCAUCUUCCGCACGGCGAGUCUGUACACGGCAAAGAGCAAGCGCGGAGGAGGAAACGGAGGAGGAGGAGGCGGCGGAUGGGGAACAAGUAAAACGCUCGACGAUUUGGACAUGUUCCAGUUUAUGAUCGAGAACGAGGCUACGGGCGAGAAGUUCAAAUUCAGCACGGCCAAUCAGCUCGAGCUUGACAAGUGGGUGUCGCUCCUGAAGAUAGCCUCUUGUCUCGACCCAACCAUCGUGCCGCCAGAUGACGCCACCAGCGGCGACGUCAAUGGCGACCCGAUGGACCCCUACCAACGCGCCACGGUGCCAGUGCCAUCAGACUAUUACGGUGACCUGAGCGAUCAGGCACUCUACGGUGAUUGCUCCACGCUCGCCUCCCUGCUCCCGUCGACGCCCGCCAGGGGGCAGCAGCAACAGCAGAGGGAUGAAUACUCGGCGGACGAUAGCGUUGGUGACGAGAUUCGAACCCCGCUCGGCGACCGAGACGCUGUUCGGGACUCGAACCGGGCGCUGGCGGAGAGCGGCGGAGCGCCGGCGCGGCACGGCAAGAAAUCGAUUACGUUCAGUGACGUUAUCGCCGGCGGCGCGCGCACGACCGACGCGUCCCGGCAUGCAGCGCGCGCCGGCGGCGGCGGCAGCAGCGGCAGCGGUGCAGCAGCAGCUGUAGCGGCAACACCAGCAACGUAG